CGCGCCUGCGCGGCUAGCCCAGUUGCCCCGCAGCAAUGCCCAGGUACUGUGCGGUGGACAGUUGCUCCAAUCGAAGUGGCCAGUUAUCGUCCGAUCAUCAGAAGCUCGGCUUCUACCCGUCAACACCAGGAAAAGUUGAUUGGAGUGCUGGAGGAAGAAAGGUGCUGAAUGUAUCAGUCAGAUACUUUCACAACAAGGUUUCCACUCCAAAACAAAGAGAGACUUAGCAAAUGGAUGAAGAAUAUGAAGAGAGAGGGCUGGUUCCCUACUAAGCACCAGUGCAUUUGCAGUGACCAUUUUACUGCAGAUUCCUUUGAAUGGCGCUGGGGUAUACGCUAUCUGAAGACGCAUGCUAUACCAACUCUUUUCUCAUUUCCAACUCAUCAACAGAAUAAGAAGACAAAUAUUCGUCAUAUUCGUAGAAAAAAUAUUUCACCUGAGGGAACUUCAGAAACAAAACUGGAAAUAUUUGGUCCGGCUGCGCCAACUGAAAUAAACAGUGAAAGCCUAGAAUUACCGCUUGCUAGUGCACAGUGCAUUGAGCAAUCUGAAGGGAAUACAGGAAUUAACACUGCACCAACUCUGGACAAUGAAAAUUCGGAAGUUGUUGUUCAAGACUCGCCAAAUGAGCCCUUCACAAUGAUAAACGAGGUUGAAAUGAAGCAAUUGUUGAACAAUAAGCUGCCUGUAGACACUGAGGUUCUACAAGUUGAACAUUCAUAUUGUAGACAAGAUACUGACAAAGCCCAACUAUGGGAAAAAAUUUCCAGAUUACAGAAGAAGAUAAAAAAACUCCAGCAACAAGAACAGGGGACUGCAGCAGAGCUUAAGAGAAUGGAAAAACUGAUUGAGCAGCUGAAACAAGAGAACCUUAUUUCUGAAGUGAAAAUGAAGGUUAUGGAAAAUUGUUUUACAGAAUUUGAAUUAAAUGUUUUACAAUAAAUGGAUUAAUUGGUGAUAUUAGAAAUGUCUGUUUUAAAAGUAUUUUUGUCAGCAAAUGAUUUAGUCGGAUAAUCCAGCACCUUCUAUCAUAGUUUUUGGAAAAGUAUUAGAACUUACUUGAGUUAGAUUCACUGCAUUGCUCAUUUAGAAGUUUGGUUAUUCAUUUACUGGGUAACCAACAAUAAAUACACUAAGGACCUGUAAUGCUAACAAGAUGUUCAGAUUAUUUUCAUGUACAACACCUCAGUUGUGUUACUGUCCAAUGUCUGCAAACAAAGCAGAUAGCAGAUAAACUUGGUUUCCGUUAUUCCAGUUGUCAGGUUCACUGUAUGUAUUCUUGGUACUUUUAAAAUAUUUUUCUCAUACUGUCUUUUUUUCAAUUUCAUCCACAAAUGUAAUUCCACAGCUUUCCAUUGUAUUCUUUUUAGAGUGACUGUUACAUUUCAAUACAACUUCUGAUAACAGUUGUAUGAUAACCAUAGGUUCUUGUUCUAGUUGGUCAUGCUUGAUUGGCGUUCCUACGGUCAUAAGAAAUCCUCAUUGAUGCCAUAAGUUCCCAAAAUCAUGAACAACUCCAAAAGCAUAUCAGGAAUUAAUGUGGAUAUUAGCUGAUCUUCCUUCUGCCAACUUAUAAGCUUCAAUCAAAGCUCUUAAUUUUGUCUGUUGUAUAGAGGUACCAAGAGCCAUGUUUUCUGAUGCCAGCACUGCAGUUCUAGAAACAACCCAUUCAAAUUCCUCUCUCAAUCAUUGAUAAGGCAUUAGUGUACAUCAUUCUCCAUGUUCUUGAACUAAGACUGAUAUUAUGUGUUUUUCAUUAAUGUACAGGGUAAAUAGUUUACCUGUAUUAGGUAUUCUUAAUACAGACUAUUUUUAAUGUCAC